AUGAUGUCAGUUUAUGGGAAAGAGGGUAGAUACAAAGCAAAACAAAACACGAUGAAGAGGAAUGGUAGGAAGAAACAGAAGAAGUACUGUCCGCAGCAGGACUGUAAGUUAUCUGUGUUGCCUGAUGACAUCGUUCUGAACUGCUUGGCAUAUGUCUCAAGAUUGGACCACGGAUCCUUAUAUCUGGUCUCCAAGCUGCACCGCUCUCUAAUGCUUUCCCCGGAGUUAUACAAAGCCCGAUCCCUAACUGGUCGUACCGAACAAUGCAUCUAUUUAUGUUUAAGCAUCCCUCGAGACCCGUUCGCACGCUGGUUCGCCUUCUAUCCAAAAGCCUUAAAUCAUCCUAGUCGGCUGCUUGCGAUCCGGCCACACUUGUAUCAGCCCCCUGAAGCAUCUUCGGUGGUGGCCCAUGGUUGGGGUAUCUAUGUGAUCGGUGGGAUGAUUGCCCGGAAGCCAUCGUCAAGGGUCUUUUUCCUAGAUUGCCGAUCUCAUACGUGGACCAAUCUCCCCUCCAUGGAGUUCGCUCGAGCUUCUGCUGCAGCUGGCGUGGUGGACGGGAAGAUAUACGUUUUUGGAGGUUGCGAGAAACCAAAUUGGUUAGUAGAGGUUUUCGAUCCAAAGAGCCAGACAUGGAGUACCCUUUCCAACCAACCACAGCCACCACAGAAAGUCUUUUACUCUCCUUCCUCAAUGCAGGAGAGCGGGGUGAUAGAGGUGGAGACGAGGAAGAAGAUUUUCGGUUUGAAUGAGGAAGGUAAUGGACUGCUUUACAUUCCGAGUCAAGGCAUAUGGAAAACAGGGAAUUCAGAAACCAACAAACUUAGAAAGGGUUGGCAUGUGAUAGACGAUGUCAUCUACUCUUGUGUAACCGAUGGGUGGAUAUUGUGGUGUGAGGCAAGUGAUUUGGAGUCCGCGGGUGGGAUGAGGUGGAGACAAGUUAUGGGGUUGGAGGAUCUUAGGGGAACCCUUCGUGCCUCAAAACUGGUCAAUUAUGGUUGGGAUUUGCCAUCCCAAGACCUUGACUAUACACUUCCCGGUCACAAACUGAGCAACUCUGGUCCCAACUUGUUACUCUUCUGGGACUGUCUUGCUAAUAGUAAAUGGGAGAUUUGGUGUGCAGAGAUCUCUUUACAAAGGCGCAUGAGAACUGGCGAGAUUUGGGCAACUGUUGAGUGGUCCGAAUCCAUCACAACCAUCGAUCGUCCUCCACAUUGGGCUCCUCCUCACUGUAAAAUUUUAUAUUCUCAAUCCUUCAAUCUUUGA